UUCAUGCCCUGGACCGCGCCGCAUCAGAUCAAGAAUUGAUCCCUCCUAGAGCCCCUGAGCAGAGCUUAACCCUCAGGCCUCAGCCCAGCCGCCUCCAUUGCUUCGCUGCACCGCUUUCUCUCUCACUCACUUUACACCCAAAAUGCGUAGGUCUACGGCUCUCCACCUCCGUGCAGUUUUCCGGUGGAAAUCUUCAUCAGCAACCGCCGAACAUUGCCUUCUCAACUCUCCUCAAUUUUCACUCUCUAAACCCCAUUUUCUGUCUCCUUCGCCGCAAUAUUCUUUCUCCUCCGCCGUUGCCCAACUAAAAUCACCCUUCUUUCUUUCUUCCUCAGCUCUCAGGUCAUUUUCUUCCGAAGCAGAUGAGCGUACCGGUGGCGGGUCAAUAAAUGAAGAAAGCCCAGAAGAAGCAACGGCUGGAAUUCUCUCCGCCGAGCUUCUCAAGGAUCCGCAGGUAGAAUCUCUCCCUAUCCUGCAAAGACUCGAUCUUUCCUUCUCUCACAUCGCCCUCACACAUUCCCUCAUCCGCGCCACUCUCAAUCUCUCCCCUGAUUCGGGCAGGGCGGUGCUUGGGUUUCUCGAUUGGGUCAAGACCCGGCCCAAUUUCGAGCUAGAAGAUGAGGUUUACUCUUGCUUCGUCGACUAUUUUGGUAGAAAAAAGGAUUUCAAGGCCACCCAUGAUGUGCUUAUUGGUGGCCGUGGUGUUAUUGGGGCUAAAACCCUGGAAUCCAUGAUUGAUAGAUUAGUCCGGGCUGGGAGGCCUACCCAGACAGUGGCCUUCUUUGAGAAAAUGGAGAAAGAAUACGGGUUUGUUAGGAACAUGGAUUCCUUGAAAUUGGUUGUUUCAAAGCUCUGUGAACAUGGUUUUGCUAGUUAUGCUGAGAAAAUGGUGAAGAGUUUAGCUAAUGAGUUUUUCCCUGAUGAAUAUGUAUGUGAGAUGUUAAUCAAAGGGUGGUGUGUUGAUGAGAAACUCGAUGAGGCACAGAGAUUAGCUGGUGAGAUGUAUAGGGGAGGAUUCGAGAUUGGUACGCCUUCGUAUAAUGCGAUUCUUGACUGUGUUUGUAAGCUUUGUAGGAGGAAGGAUCCUUUCCGGCUUCAAUCCGAGGUGGAUAAGUUGUUGUUAGAAAUGGAAGAGAAGGGCGUCCCGAGAGACGUGGAGACCUUCAAUGUGUUGGUUUCUAAUUUGUGUAAGAUUAGACAAACUCAGACCGCGAUUGACUUAUUCUAUCGGAUGGGGGAAUGGGGAUGUCAUCCCAACGAGACAACGUUUCUCACGCUUAUUAGGAGUUUGUAUCAGGCCGCGAGAGUUGGAGAGGGCGACGAAAUGAUUGAUAGGAUGAAGUCUGCGGGAUAUGGAGAUGCGCUCGAUAAGAAGGCGUAUUAUGGAUUUCUUAAAAUACUAUGUGGGAUCGAGAGGAUCGAUCACGCCAUGAAUGUUUUCACGAAGAUGAAAGAAGAUGGUUGCAAACCGGGAAUUAAGACGUAUGAGUUAUUGAUGGGAAGGUUGGUUGCUCAUGGCCGGAUGGAUAAGGCAAAUGCUCUUUAUAAAGAAGCCGAGAGCGAUGGGAUUCAAGUUGAGCCAAAGGCAUAUAAGGUGGAUCCUAGAUUUGCAAAGAAGAAGUCUUCUACUUGCGUGAAGAAGGAGAAGAAGCGAGAGACAUUGCCCGAGAAAAUGGCUAGGAAGAGGAGAACUCUCAAGAAAAUCCGGCUUAGUUAUGUGAAGAAGCCCAGAGGAACACGUCGAGCCCUUUGAUCAAAAUCGCAUUUGAUGUUGUCAAGAAAAACUCCAUGAAAGGUUAAACUUCACUAUAGAGUAAUUCUUUCACUUGAUUUUACUGGUGGCUUCUUGUUUUUAGAUCAGUUUUGCAACAUUAGAAAUAAAUUUUCAGUUCAAACUUCAAUGCUCCGACUCUGCUAUACAUGAGAUUUUAGCUGUUAAGUGUUUGGUUUUGUUCAUUUUAGAGUGUCAAUCAACAUCAGACUUGGUAUAUGACUCCAAGCAUUUCUUUGUUGUUAAA